GGUCAAACAUAUUCCUCGAGUGAGACUUAACAUGUUACUGGUAAACAAAAAGUACCAUGUGGCUGGUCUGCACAAAUAAGUCAUUUUCAUCCUUUAAGGGAAACCUACGGAAAAGCACUGCCCGGAAAAGCUUUUUAAUCAUGGAUUCAGAAAAAGCCGUAUGGAAAAUUCCCAUGCCCUUGAAACGCACCAUAUCACUCACUGCACGUUCUGUACGGGCUGUUGUAAAUAUACCAUUUGACCACUAGAGGCCCAUAAAGUGCAGACACACGGAGGGAAAUUUACCGCAAGGCAGGACGGAAAAGCACAUUCACGUUGCACUAUGUGGUACAGUACUGUACAUUCUGUUGCCAACAAGUAGAGCGAUAAACUGGAGGUGUGACUGGGAGUUGUUUAUCUCGUUCAUGUCUGCACUCGCGUUUGCAACAAAUAGGUUAUUUUCCGGCAACAACAAUUGACAUUAAAGUCCAGUGUUGGCUGAUCCAAAUUAAAAUGUCAUGACGACCAAUACAAAUUAACAACAUCAAAUGGCAUUGUUUGACAAAGAUAAUAAUAAUUCUAAUUUUGCAUAUGCACUUAAAGUGUGGUACCACCAUCGCAUGUAGCGACACACGAAAUGAUCCCAAACUAAUAAAAUAAACCUAUUUUACAGUUUAAAUCACAAGACAUUUGCAUUUAUUUUUUAAAAACGUUUGUUGAGAUCCAUCCGCCCCCCCCCCCCCGAAAAAAAAAUAAAAAAAAUGGAGCCAUCAAAUAAUGUAACUAAAAUAUGCACGCGUCAUUUGACGUCACGAGGAGGGACUUUAUAUAGUGGUGAGUGGCAGAAAAUAGCACAACGGACAGUCGCUCAGCUGAGAAGCGAAGCUAUAGCAAUCUCGACACCGCACUUGCCCUGGCACGUAGUGCGUCGACGGAACCGAACCGGACGUACAUGAUUUUUAGUAAGCCCAACCGACUCGCAAACGUGGCGACAAGUGUUUUCCAAACGAGCCUGCCACUGACCAUGAGCACGGAGAUGUUCGCUAAAACGUCAAUGGAGGUGGCCGUUUACCAACUGCACAACUUCUCCAUAUCCUUCUUCUCCUCGCUCCUCGGGGGAGACGUCGUGUCGGUCAAGCUUGACAACAGUGCCUCUGGUGCUAGCGUGGUGGCCAUUGACAACAAGAUCGAGCAGGCGAUGGACCUGGUCAAGAACCACCUCAUGUACGCCGUGCGGGAGGAAGUGGAGAUCCUCAAGGAGCAGAUCAAGGAGCUGGCAGAAAAGAACAACCAGCUGGAGAGGGAAAACUACCUGCUGAAGAACCUGGCCAGUCCGGAGCAGCUGGAGAAGUUCCAGUCUCGAAUCCCCACAGAUGGUCUGCUCCCAUUGGACAAUCAGAGCGUCCAGGUGAUGUCAGAGCAGCAGACCUGCAGCCGCAAUACUGGCUCUGCUGUGUAAGUGGCUCUGCCUUGGGGCGGGCAGAGCCACUGUCCUUAUUCAGCAAUGGACCUCCAUGUUUUUUUGCGCUACACAAUUGCUGCCUCUGAAAAACCAUCAUGGCAAUGAGGGCAUGGCAUUGUGGCUGCAAAUGGCCGAUGGGACAAACACUUGACUCUGAUAAGCACAAAACUCCAGACCGGCGCUGUGCCAGGACUGUCCUCUGAUCCCGUCCAACUCUGCGCUGUAGUCUUCUUGCAGACAAUGAGCGCCAAGAAUCAAGAGCAGGCUGGCCCACUGGACACCACUGAGCGCUUGCUUUCUGAUGGAGGGUUGCCAGCGACUGUCCUUUUGCUCCCGAUUGGGCUGGUCCUGCCGGUGCUAACUUGGAACGUGUGAGCGCAAGUUACGCUACUUCCUGUCGGCCCAGGUAAGAUAUUUACCUGGGUUUCGACAAGCAGUGAUCCCCCAGUUCGUAGAAGAGUUCGAUAUCCAUAUGAACGUUUCAAGGAUUCCCAGCUCCACAUUAACAAGGACUUAUCCUCCGUGUAUUAGGCUUCGUUCACACUGCAGGCUAUGAUGGCCCAAAUCAGAUUUUUUAUUUUUUAUUUUUUUGUUAAAUCCAAUCUUUUAAGGUAGUCUUUCAAAUUACAAAAACAAAUGCGACGUGUAAUGUGAAUGUAAUGUGUCCAUGAAGUGACAUGCAUGCGCACAAAACACAAUGGAAGUAAAUAUGGUCUCCGUCUUGACACAUCUUUGGCAAUUUCAAGCAUUUUGUGCAACUGGAGCGAUAUUUAUGGAAAGGUAUGGCAAUUUAUUUGCGCACGACGUGAUUGCAUAAUUAAAAGUAUUUAAAAACAAAAAAAACUUAAAAAACAAAGUACAGAAAAAGAAAAGACAGCUUAAAAGCAUUAAAAAACAAAGAGCAAAAGACAUUUAAAAACAGUGCAGAAAAAUAAGAUCUUAAAAUUAACACGAUAUUACUAAAAAUGUGCAGUGCAAGAAAGAUAAUUUAAUAAUGGAAAACGAUCAAUUCUGAAGUAUCAGCACUUCACCACUGACUGUUUUCUGCUCAUUCGUUCACCAUUGCUUUUCACGAGUCUAUUUUGUCGAAAAAUUGUAACGUUUUUCGCCUUUUGGUGACGACAGGUCGGAUGACCGCCAACCUGAGCGUCGCAACGGAUACAUGUCCAAUUUAUAUCCCCAUACGAAAGAGGCCUGGGUCGGAUUUGGAAAAUAAUCGGAAUUGUACUGAUACAUGUCGCACAUGCGCAAACAAAUUGGAAUUGACCUGCAGCGUGAACAUAUCCUUAUUUGUUGACAUGCAUUAAUAAAAAUAAUUAACAGGAUGAGCAGGGGUCAUGUUUAGAGUAGCAUAAUCGAGCUGGCGGACUGAUUCGUAUACUGUGCUGAUUCAUAAUCUGUUAUCAUGUAUUGCCUGCAGUUGAGGCUUGCUGCUCUUGUGGGGAAUUCAUCCUGCCAUAUUCCAUUUUUUGUUACUCGUUUGUUUGAGUUUUGACAAAAUCGGUUGUUUUGUGAAAUAAAUGCUCUUCUGAGAUUCUUUUCCCAACACUGAAGGCAUACAGAGCAUCUUCGUGGUGUGAAACAGCAUGCAUUGGACGGUAUUUCAGAUAUUUUGAAUCUGCAUCUGCUGUUUUUUUACCCUGAUGCCAAUUUUCAAAAACUGUGGCAUUGCAACAGUGCCUGUAUGUAGUACAAGAGUGGAGCAUGUGUCUACUUUGAGCUCUGCUAAUGCUGUUUUUGAGCUACCAAAGACAUUUUUUUUUUUUUUUUUUUUUUUUUUUUUUUUUACAAUAGCAGAAAGAAGGACCAUGUGUUAAAACUUCACAGGGAUAAGUCUUGCAUUUGAGUUAGUCAUACAAUUUGUUUUGUAAAGGUAAUGGUAUUGUUGCCCAACAGUAUCCAGAAAACAUUUGUUUGCUACCCUCUUUGGAUACAACUGCACAUUUGCAAUAAACCUUAUGUUUACAUAAUUCAAA